CAUUGGGCAUUGGGCAUGAACGCUUGAUCGUACUUCAGAAGAUAAGAACGGAUAAUCGAGUGUAUCUAUUUGUAUAUUUUUGAUAUUUACCCGAAUUUAAGUUUUGACUACUUUCUAAUUUUACUAAAAUGGAUGAGGACGAAGUAGUGGAAUAUGAAACUGUCGAAACGAUUGAAAAUGAAGAGGAUUACCAAUACCAAGAUGAGUCAACUGCACCACAAGCUCAAGAAAAUCCAUAUGAAGAAUAUAUACAAGGAAUGACAAUCGGGAAUAUUUGGGAUCAGGAGAUGACGUUCAGCUUGAUCGAUGAGUACAGAAACCAUCUGCAAGACUUCUUGUAUCCGAAGGGCCUCUUGAUUCGAGACAUCUGGAUAGCUAUAAGUCGCAGCAUGCAAGCUCGAGGUUACAACAUCACUCCUGCAGCAUGUGACAACAAAUGGCGACAGCUGAAGAAAACAUAUAAAUACAAUGUACCGCAAGCAGGUCGAAAGAAUAAAUCAAAAUGGUUAUACUUUGAGGCUCUGGACGACAUUCUUGGUAACAAGAUGAUAGCAAAAAGAAUUGUCUGGAAACAACGGUCAACAAUAAAGAAAGAGAUACCGGAACCAGGCUCACCCCAAAGUGAUUUCCAAGAAGAAUACUUACCUCCAUCCAAAAAAGUAGUGCAAGUGCAACCGAAAUGGUUCAAAGAGUUUCUAACUCAGUACCAGGAAGAGGAAGUAAAGAAAAGGAAUACAUUACAAAAGAUGCAAGAUGAUCUAGUCGCUCUGGAAAAACAAAAGUGUAUUUUAUUGGAAAAGCUGUUCAAGAAGAUUUCCAAGGCUGCGCCUUCUCCUAAGAUAGUCGAAGCUGUAACUCUUAGCCAAGAAAUGUUUGAAGAUGAACUGUAGCACUGUAAGUUGUGUGUAUACCUGUACCUUUGUCCUUGUGUUCUUUAAGUUUUACUAAGGUUGAUCAAUUUGAUUGAAUAUUUAUAAUAGUUUUUAUUCAGAAAUAUAAACAGGUUUGUAUUUUCUGAAAUAUAUUUUUGUGUAGGAUAUCAUUCACUACAAAGAUACACUAUCUUGCUUUUAUCUUUUCAACUUCCAGAUUUAAUUAUUGUUCAUCAUAGUGUGUCAUUCGAAUCAAUAAAUUAUAUUAAUUAAAUGUUUAUAA